AUGGCGGAUCCAAAGUCGAUCGACGAAGUGUUCACUGCGUGUGGCCUCGUCUGGGAGCAGUCUGAGAACCUCAUCCUCUGCCAACGGUGCCAAUCCGCACUCUGUCCGCGGGGUUCGCAGGUCACCCAGCAUCUGCAUAGCAAGCAUCGCGUGCCAUUGCCUCUCCGGAAGGGCCUCACUGUCGCCUUACGACGCCACCAUAUCCGUUUCCAGGAACCUUCCCAUGCUGCCCCUCGUCCCGACGGCUCUCCGGCCGAUGCUCGUUUACGGCUAUACACGGGGUAUGCAUGCCGUCAGUGCGCCUACCGCACCGUCAGCCGCGACCUUCUCGGCCGCCACCUAUCCCAGGAGCAUCUCCAGCAGCAGCGCGCCUCCCACCGUCGGGCGAAUGACCUAUACAACGAUGUCUACCUGCAGACUUGGUCCCCGAGCUCGUCCCGACAGUAUUGGACCGUGGUCCACCAGGGACAGGCCAUUCGCCCUAUGGCUGAGGACCCCGCUACAAAUGCCCAUCUCGCAUCAGUCCACCAGCGGGAGCGGGCACGGCGCCAGGCCGAGGAGGCUACCACCGAUUUUACCACGACCGGCCCGCAGACUGUGGAGGCAACCAGGCCGUGGAUGGAGCGGACCCGCUGGCCUCAAGUUUACGAGGGCGUACGGCGGGAUCUCCUACGGAGUCUAGCGGAGCUCCCGUACUCAUCUGCGGGUUCUAUAGACCUGCUCCUUGCCCUACAGGAUGGAGAGGGCCGGGUUGUCAGCCCCGCCCCCGAUGAGGGGCGUCUCCACCAGCUGAUGUUUGCGAUGGACUAUGUGCUAGAUCGGUAUAAAGAGACAGCCCGUUAG